CCACAGUCUCUCUCCAGACAUCUUGAUGGCAGGGAAAACGACUCCACCUAGCCAUAUGCAACCAUUUGUGAUUUCAAACGAGCUGACAUGGAAAUGAUGGGGAAUGAACGCUGGUGAAGAUCGACCUUUAACACUUAUGCACAGUUGUACGCGUGAAAUGCCAUUGUUUACUAUACAAACUAUAAAUACCGAUAAAGCAGACGAAGAAAGAUAAGCUGUGCCCAACUCGAGUAUUCUGGUGGUCCGAUCUCAUUUCACUUCCACUAUCACAUUCAUUCUUCCAACACUCACACAAGCUCUUUUGAUCUGUCAACACCUACAAACCGAAUCCUACCUAGAAGAUCUCAUGUGAAGGUAUCAACGUCGAUACAGGUUUGAGAUCAAGCAGACAUCUGUAUCAGUGAAAGCUUCAACCAUCAUCGACACACUUUUGUUCACCACAUCACUCCAGCUAUCUUCCUGGCACAGCUAGCGUCUGUAGCCCUCGACUUCAUCACAAGCCCACCUGUUGUUUCUAUUCGCCCAGACAGUGUCAGAAUGGGCGCGCCUCACGUCUCCGUGGCUACGAUUUCCACAUGUUCAACACUUGUCGAUUAUGUGCAGUUCAAGAAAUGGGAACUGACAGACUGCUUUUCAGACGUGGAGCAGUUCCAAGUUUCUCCCUCCUAUGCAAUGGGAAUCAUAUUCAACCGGCCAAAGGGAGGAUACAAAAAUUCUCGUGGGAUCACGAAAAAACUGAGUGACAUAGCCCCCUCUGUUUUCCUCACAUGCGAUAAAGUUCGCUUAGAGUGCUUUAAUUUUGGCCACGGUAUAGUAUACGAGGGCUGUUGGGUCACUUAUGAUGACAAAAUUAUGUGUGGAAGCUCGAUGCAGAAGCUUCCCACUGGGCAAAGUUUCAGUGUGCUAUGCGAAGAUAGGAUAUUUCGAAAGUGGUUUACUAAAGUGCUGAACGGUGCCUACAAGGAGUACGACUUCGAUACAUUACCACCCGAAUUCUUGAAAUCGCUCACAUCGCCCAAAUUGCCGGGAUCUCUGGCAUCCGAAAUGCCAGCCGGAUCAAGCCCCUCAGCUGGCUUAUCAAUCCCCAACAACCAGGUUGUGGUUCCCGCUCAGCAAGGCAAGCGCAGAUUAGUUCUUAAUUUCGGACAAUCCCGAGACUGGAAGACAGCGGUUCCUGGCCAACAACGCGCGAUUCCCUUUACCUCCCUAGCAUCGACCAGCUCACCGGCCGCUUUGGUAAUGGCGAAGGUAAAGGCAGCACACAAAGCCAAAGCCGAUGCCCUUUUAUCAAAUAGCAGCAAUGUGACAGACGAAGUAGUGGCGCCUACAAAGCCCGGAUCAUCUUUGAAUCACUCUCCCAAUCAAAGCGCGGCUCGUGAUAAAGUAGACAAAACGACGCCUGUUCAAGAUGGGUCUCAUGCAGCCGGGCAAGCCACCGUGAAACCAUCGACUACCCCGCAACUAUCAGAAAAAGCUGCUACAGGCAUGAAGAGACAGAAUGCUUCGCCAUUGACGGGUUCUUUAGACAAACGCACAAAAACCGGCUCUGCAUACCAACGACAAGAAGUCAUCAAUAUUGAUAGUGACGACGAAGACAAUGCCAAACCCAACCUAGAAAACUCACAAUUGUUAAGCGAUACCGCACAAAACCAGGAGCUGAUGAAAGAGAUCGAGAGCCUGAAACAGUCUGAGUCCCGUGCAGUAGAAAGAGCAAACGAGGCACUCAACAGAAUUGAGAAGUUGAUGCAAGAAAACACCAACCUGAAGCUAUCGGAGAUGCGUGCAGUCAACAGAGCAAACGAGGCACUGGGCAAGUUGCGUGCAGCGAACAGGGCAAACGAAGAAUUGGGCGGAAAUGACGGUCUUGUGGGACAAAUUGAGGAGUUGAUGAGAGAAAAUGCCAGCCUCAAAAUGUCGGCGCUCCGUCUGGUUGAUGGAACAAGCAAGACUAUGGAUAAGGACGGAGAAAGUACUGGUGGACUCAAGAAUGAAGGUGGCACCCAGCAGAUCAAGAAGGAAGAUCGCGCUGGACAACAGAAGGAGUAA